AUGUACGGCUAUACAUCGCGCUUACUAAAAGUACCAAGAGAAAUAUCAGCAAUAAGAAAAAUUCCACAAAUUGGAAAAGUGUCAAAUGUUGCAGUACCAAUAAACCUCAAUCAUUGUUGUUAUUCCCAUAAAAAAUAUUUUACAGAUACUCCACGGGAUGAUCAUAACAAUUCUCAAAGAUAUUCAUACAAAUAUUUAUUGUAUUCCAUUCUGUUCAGUACCGCUGCUUAUACAUCAUAUAAGAUCUGGUUAAGAAGUCAAGUGUUCCCUGCAAUAACUGCAGCUGAAGAGAUAACAGAAACUGAUACAGAAAAUGAAGUUGAUAAUAAGAAAAAGAGGUACCGCAAGGAAAAGAUUGGCUUCAGAGAUAGAAAGAUUAUUGAAUAUGAAAAUCGUAUGAGAUCUUAUUCAACACCUGACAAGAUAUUUCGCUAUUUUGCAACUGUUAAAUUAAGUAUUGGAGAAAACAGUGAAGUGUACAUGACGCCUGAUGAUUUCUUAAGAGCAAUCACACCAGGCAUGAAGCAGCCUGAUGGUUUGGGCUUGGACCAAUAUAGGAGAUAUGAUCCUAAGAGUAUCAGCCAACGACUUAACCUAGAUCUAGACGAAGAUUCAAUUUUCUACAAGCUUGGCUCAUCGGGAUUGAUCACUUUUAGUGAUUACAUCUUUCUGCUGACUGUUUUGUCAACAUCGCGUCGCCACUUUGAAAUAGCAUUUCGCAUGUUCGAUCUGAAUGGCGACGGUGACGUGGACUGCGAAGAAUUUGAAAAGGUAGCAGCACUCAUUCGACAACAGAGCAGCAUCGGCUCCCGACAUCGAGACCACGCAAAUACUGGCAAUACUUUUAAGGGCAUUAAUUCGGCGUUAACCACUUAUUUCUUCGGUCCAAAACUGAACGAGAAACUGACAAUUGAAAAGUUUUUGGACUUUCAACAACAACUACAAAAAGAAAUAUUGUCUUUAGAAUUCCAGAGAAAACAACCAGAUGAAAAUGGACGUAUAACUGAAGCGGACUUUGCCGAACUUUUGCUCGCCUACGCAGGCUAUCCAGCGAAAAAAAAGGCAAGAAUGCUUAAACGCGUGAAAAAGAUGUACCGCGACCACGGCGUGGGCAUCACGAAGGACGACUACCUGAAGUUCUUCCACCUGCUGAACAACAUCAACGACGUGGACACGGCGCUGACGUUCUACCACAUCGCGGGCGCGUCCAUCGACCCGGCCACGCUGCGCCACGUGGCGCGCACCGUGGCGCACGUCGACCUGCACCCGCACCUCGUCAACGUCGUCUUCGCCAUCUUCGACGAGAACAUGGACGGUCAGCUCAGCAACCGCGAGUUUGUUGCGGUCAUGAAGAACAGGUUACUUCGGGGACUCGAGAAGCCCAAGGACACCGGCUUUGUCAAACUCAUGUAUUCGCUGAUCAAAUGCGCCAGAGACACAAAACCCGCCCUCCUUGACUUUUAA